CUACAGUAGCCCCUCACCAAAGCCAAGUUCAUGUGAGCUUCCUUACUAGGUUACUCCCCACUUUGAGUUUGGAUUUGUGUUCCUCAUCUACUGGCGAUCAUAUCCAUAGGAGGAAUUGGUCAUCCGUUACCUCUGUCUGUUGCGGUGGGUGUUGACCUCUUUGACGUACUGUUCAUCUUCUUCCCCAUGACUUUUGGCCUGUCUUCUUGAGUUCCCUCCUAAGACAUGGGCUCCGGAAAAUCUCAGAGUGCUAAGAAGACCAACAAAAAGAAUCCAAAGAAGAAGGACAAGGUUGCUGCAAUUACAGAGGAGGUAAGCUUGGGUACGGAUAUUGCUGUGGACAUUAUGGGAAAGGAGAAAGCUCAGACAUCUUCCUCCACCUCUGAAACCUCUCCACAUCACGUUGAAGGGGUUGAGGUUACGCCUGUCGCACUAGAGAAGACUACUGUACUUGAAAAGCCCCAGGUGCUCAAUGAAAUACCUCAACUAGAAACAGUUUCUGGAAGCAUCAAACCGGUCACUUUUGCUGACCUCUUCAAGCAGAACAAAGACCCUGACCAAGGACGCUUCCCAGGGCUUAAGGCCGUGGAUGCCAUUGUCAAGAGUUGGAAUGUUCCAUGCAGAAUUAUCCCACAUUGUAAAGGCCGGGUUGAGCUCAAAUUUGAAAAUGAUAGAGAUAGGUAUGAGGUGUUGGGUAUGGAAAGAUGCAAGGCUUACGGCAAGGAAUUCAGGAUCAAGAUUCCCUCUCAUGGAUUUAUGUUUGAUUUUGCUGAGUUUACUACUCUCCUUGUCUGGAUUCAACUUCAUAAUGUGCCUAUGCAAAUGUGGUAAGAGGAGGGUAUUGGAAUGCUGGCUUCAAAGGUAGGGAAACGCAUGAGGACUGACUUGGUUACAAAACAACUGGGCAAGAGUGGGUUUUGCAAAGUCCUUGUUGAGGUUGACUUUUCCAAAGAGCCUGUGACUUUUUUUGAGGUUGCUUGUAUGGGUAAACUUUAUACCCAAACUGUGGAGUUUGGAGAGGACCCCAAAUAUUGUUUUCAUUGUAAAACAUGGAACCAUGGGCCUUUCUAUUGCAGAUCUCUGGAGAUGAGGAAGAAGAAAGACCUGAUUGAUCUGGAAGCUAAUGAUGCCUAAAAGGGUAACAAACCUUCUUAUGGGAAGGAAUAGGUAGCUACUGGUAGUAAAUCAGGGGUUUAUUCUAAAUCCAAAGGUGGUCUUAUUCCCUCUUCUUUAAUUUAACCUGUUGAACAUGCUAAGGAACAGCCUACUGGGAUUGGUGUGUUGACUCAUGGGCCUAAUAGAAAAGGGGUUGAGGAUGCUGAUUUGGGACUGAAGAAGAAGAAAACUGCUGAUGGUAACAUGGUUGGAAAGAGACAAGAAGCCAAGAAAGGUGGAAAGUGUUG